AUGCGUUUUUAUAUUCUUUUGGCCUUGUGCCUUUCAAUUGGUCAAAACCAGGCAAUCCCUACUUUUGGAUUUGCCAGUCCAAUUCCUGCUCUUCAAGCAGAUAUCCUUAAAAUCAUCAACGAAGUCGAGUGCUUGCUCAGCACAAGGAUUUCUACUAUACCCUCAAUCCUUACCAAGGGCAACGUCAAUGCUGUAACAUCAAAUAAGUGUUCAACAACGGCCAAAACUACCGCCACUAGUGCGGUAAAAACAUCCGUCUCUUCUCUUCAAUCUGUAGCUCAAUCUAAAUGGAGCUCACUUCAGGGUUUGAUGUCUACGACCACUUCAAUUCCCCCCAUUCUUACCAGGAGCGUCACUAUCAGUUCGACAUCGACGGCUACAACCACUUCGAACGUCAAGUCAACAUCUACAGCUGUGGAGAUAACGUCCAUAUCACCCUCAGCCACUAGCCAAACGUCUUCUUCGGCGGCCUCCAUUUCAUCAGCAUCCUCUUCAUCUGCGUCUUCUGCGUCUUCUGCAUCAGUCUCAUCAUCAACCAGCAAGACCGUAAGCUCAACUUUAGCAGCAGGAACUCCAUGUGCGGGCAAUACCGCCGCCGAUAGAUCAAAAUGGUGUGACUAUUCUACCAGCACCGAUUGGUACAAUGAGGUUCCAAACACUGGUGUCACUCGAGAGUACUGGUUCAAUGUGGAAGAUGGCACUGCAUCACCUGACGGGGUUGCAAGAUAUGUUCAAACGAUCAAUGGAAGUAUCCCAGGCCCAACGAUCAUUGCUGAUUGGGGUGAUAAUGUUGUGGUGCAUGUGACAAACAAUCUCCCUGUCAAUGGUUCAACUAUCCAUUUCCAUGGUAUGCGUCAAAACUACACCAAUCAAAAUGACGGAGUUCCAUCAGUUACCCAAUGCCCUAUUGCAUAUGGAGAUACGUAUACCUACAAAUGGAGAGCUACCCAAUAUGGUUCAUCCUGGUACCAUUCUCACGUUGGACUUCAAGCAUGGGAGGGUGUGGCAGGUGGUAUCAUCAUCAACGGUCCUUCCACGGCCAACUAUGAUGAGGAUAAGGGAACGGUCUUUCUUACUGAUUGGGGUCACACUACCGUUGAUGAACAAUAUCAAUAUGCUCAAGUUUCUGGUCCACCGACCAUGGAUACAGGUCUCAUCAACGGUACCAAUGUUUUUGGAGCAGAUGGUGCUAGCAACCAGACUGGUUCACGUUUCUCGACUAGUGUUACGUCAGGUACUUCAUACCGAUUCCGUCUCGUAAAUGGUGCUAUUGAUACUCAAUUCAAGUUCUCCAUCGAUAAUCACACUUUAACUGUGAUGUCGAUGGAUCUUGUUCCCAUCGUACCUUACGCAACUGACGUUCUCAACAUCGGUAUUGGCCAACGCUACGAUGUAGUCGUAACCGCAAAUCAAGCUGCCAUCGCCUCUGAUUUCUGGAUCCGCGCCAUUCCCCAAGCUUCCUGCUCCGAGAAUGACAACGCCGAUAAUAUCAGAGGUGUCCUCCACUACGGCAGUUCAACCGGUCUCCCUACCACAACCGGCUACGCCUUCACCGAUGAAUGUAUCGACGAAUCGCCCUCCUCACUCAUUCCAUAUCUCCCCAAAACCGUCUCCGCCGCCUCUCUCACCCCGGAAGAAGCCGUAACCAUAGCCCAGAACUCCGACAAGCUCUUCCGAUGGUACCUCAACAACUCGACCUUCGUCAGCGACUGGGAAGACCCCACUCUCCUCAUGGUGCACAAAAACGCCACGACCUUCAGUCCCGCCAAUAAUCUCGUCGUCCUCCCCAACGCAAACGAAUGGGUCUAUCUAAUCAUCCACUCUGACCUUCCCGUCCCCCACCCAAUCCAUCUCCACGGCCACGAUUUCUUCGUCAUUUCCCAACAAAAUACCCCCUACGAUGCUAGUACCGCAGCCGCGACAUACAAUCUGAAUAAUCCUCCGCGCAGAGACGUGGCGAUGCUUUUGUCGGGGGGUUACCUAGUUCUAGCGUUCGAAACGGAUAAUCCCGGGGCAUGGUUGGCGCAUUGUCAUAUUGGGUGGCAUACGAGUGAGGGGUUUGCAAUGCAGUUUUUGGAGAGGGAAAGUGAGAUUCGGAAUAAGGGGAUUUUGGACCCGGAGGUCUUGCAGGGGACGUGUGAUAGGUGGAAUGGGAAUGCGAUUGUGCAGGAGGAUUCGGGGGUUUAG